AUGUUUUAUCAAUGGUCAUUGUCGACCGGUUUUAAAUCUCGAGUAUUUUAUGUUCAUGUUUUCACACUUCUUUAUUUACUUCAUCUGUAUCAAUGCGAAAACACGAAUCGACCAUCGUUACGACGAUUCCUUCAUUCAAGACAUACGUACUCAACUCGACGAGCGCUUCGAGUAGUCUACUUUCGAGAAUUCGACAAGACAGUCAAUGAACAUUAUCUCGGAACCGAUGUGAAGAAUCUCACUGAAUCCUAUGGAAUCGAUCUGAAAUUGAACAUAUUCGAACAGCCAACAGCGAUCACCACUCGUAGAUUAUGUUCGUUGAUCGGUGAAGAAGCACGUGAUACAAUAUUUAUUGCUGAUUUAUAUACCAAAGAAAUCGACUUCUUAUCUCGUUCGUUGCAAAUUCCGACGAUUGCCAUUACAAAUCGAUAUCAAAUCGUCCAGGGCAAACUGCAUAAUCCUUAUCUGUUCAAGCUGAUGUCUGAUCCAAUUGAACAAGCAAAAGCAGUGGCAUUAGCUUUAGAUAAUCGUUCAGUUUACACACGAAUAGCUUUGAUUUAUGAUGUUUCACUUGAUAUGGUAGAACAUCGUUUGACAUAUCUUCGUUUGGCUAAACAGCACAUUAUCUAUCGAGCACAUUUACCCCGAGUGUCCCUGUUAUUUGAUCUUCAUCAAAAUACGCGAAAAAUUCUCAUGGAUCUCACUGAACUCGAUAUUGAUUUAAUCUUAUGCAUUAUGUCCACUGAACGUGAAUUGCAAUUUCUUCGAUUUAUCGAAGAUUUUGGAACGAAUUCACAGAUCCGGAUUCUUCUCGACAAAACCAGCUGGUGGUUUGCAUCUCGACUCGGUGAAAUACGAAAUCUGUCCUAUGUACCCAAGAUUCACACGGAAAACACCGAUCGUCGGAAUUUUUUCAGUUAUUUUUCCAAUUCAAGUAUGAAGAUCUUAUUCAAUGCAGUCAUUCGAACAUACAUUCGUUUGCCUAUCUCAUCAUCGUUGAUUGGCACGACUAACUGUGCAGUUCGACAAUCGGAACAACAACUGAAAAAAACGCACAUGUUCAUCAAAUUGUUUACAAAUUUUACCGAAUGGAACUGUGAUAUUCGAGUUGGUUCUGGAAUCGAUCCGAUAUUAUUCGAAUCUAAAACGUUGGCAUGGCGUGUUCCGACGAUCUUCAUGGCGCAUACGGGCGACUCAUGUCAAGCCAUGGUCUAUCGUAUAUUUCAUCCUCAACAUAACAAUGCUGAACAAUUAUUUCGUUCGUGCCGUCUGACAAGUUCAGCAUCACGUAAAAGUUCUUCAUCAGCUCAACAAGAUAAUUCCACAACAGCGCUAUCAUCAAAUACUCUCGUUAACUUACAGAAUCUCCAUAAAAUGUACGUUGGCAUCGUCACUGGUGGAAGCAAUGGUUGUCAAUAUGUUCAUAUGCAUACCGGAGCCCAGAAAACCAUUAUUGUUGGUGUUGUUGAACCUCCUUAUCUGUUCGUAUCGGAAGCCCAAAUCUCCUCGGAAUUUCUUUGUAAUUAUGGUAUACCGUGUUAUGAAAUCGAUCCACUAGUAACUAACUUUACCACAGAUGCACUGUUUCUUCAUCGAAAAAUGGCAGCCGCUCCUCGCUGUUGCUACGGAAUCUCCGUCAAUCUUUUAAUACGCAUCGAAGAUUCGAAAUUAGUCAACGGUUUACAGUCGACACGUCUAUUCGUCUUUUCCGAUAAACCAAACAAAUGGUUCGCUCUAACUCAAACAUUAAAACAUCGUCGUGCUCAUUUUUCCAUAUCCGCUAUACCAUACGAAUACUACGCAACACAAGCGUACGAUUUAAGCCCACCUUUCUAUCAUUCAUCGUAUGUCAUUCUAACCGGUCCAUCGCCGACUGGUUUAUCGUUAGGUGCAUUUUUACAACCUUUCUCAUGGACAACAUGGCUAAUGAUAUUUGUUGUACUAAACGUGACUGCUCUGUUUGAAACGUUUUUUGAAUGGAAUAGUCCUUAUGGUUUAACACCAAAAGGUCGUCGAAGACAUAUUGUAUUCAGUUUAGCAUCGGCAUUGACAAUCACUUGGUCGAUUAUAUUCUCGCAUACGUUCAAAACUAAAUCACCAAAAUGUUGGUCGAAUCGAUUCUUGGGAAAUGUAUGGGGUGGUUUUGGUAUUGUAUUCAUUGCCAUUUACACUGCUAAAUUGGCUGCUUUCAUGGUUGAAACAGGUCGAACUCACACAGAAACUGUAGUUCACAGUAUCGUAGAUUUAUGUCGGAAUAUGCCUCGAUGUACUAUCGGUGUUGUUGCUAAUACAAGUGAUGAAGAAUACUUAAAACGAUUCCAUCUCAACACUCUGUAUCGUCAUAUACAUUAUGUGGCAUCAUAUGGUCAUGGGAUUGAAUUACUUCGGAGUCGUGUGGUAACAUAUCUGCUCAUGGAUCAUUCCAUGGCACGGUACUACUUAACGCGAGAUGUUUCCAAAUUAAUUCGUAUUAGUGGUGAUAAUUUCGGUGCAUUUGGUUUGUCAUUGGGUUUUUCAAAAUUCGAUACUGAAUUGAAAGAUAGUAUUACGGACAUUCUAUUAUCGUAUGUCGACAAAGGAAUUAUACAACGUUUACACGACGAUUGGUAUGUGUAUGAAAAUUGUGAAACGAAACUAUUGGAAGAAAAUCGUAUAUUAUCGGUUGAUCGAUUUUUCGGUGUGUUUAUUCUAUUAGUAGCCGGUAUUGUCGUUGGAUUUAUCGUACUCAUAUUGGAAUGGUUGAUUUUCAAAUAUGCGGUGCCAUAUUGGCGUCGGCGACAAUGGCGCGGUUGGUUGUUUUGUUCGCAACGCCUAUACGCCGUUUUGAACGUUACUGAUGAUGUUUACAACAAAGCAUAUUCAUCGUUCAAACAUGAUUCAUUAAAAUUUGUUGGAGAACGCCUGCAUAAUUAUUCAACUCGAUGUGAUAGUUUAGAUUUGCAUGUUGUUAAUGUUCCGAAACUCAUAACAACCACUUAUCAGUUGAAAGAAGAAAUGAGCGCGAUAAAUGAACAACGAGAACAGCGUCAAAUAUCAUUACUACCUCUCAACGGCGAUAUACGCAACAAACGAGACACUUCAAUCGAGAAACGCUUUAUUCAAAAGCGUAUCAAUGAAUUAGAAUACGAAUUAAAACGAUUGAAGUCUCAACUACGAGCGAAAUCGACAUGA